AUGUCCUCCCCUCCCUACCCCCCCUCCUCCCAGCAGCGUCCCAAGCGGCCCCGCUCCCGCUCCAGCUCCCCCACCGCCGGGCCAUCGGGUCUGCGCUCUUCCCCGCCUCCCUCGUCUCUACCACCAUCCUCCCUGCCCCCUUCUUCGCCCCCUCAGCCAUUCUCUGACUUUGGAGAUGACCCCGCAGUGGGCGAUGAUGAAGCCGAGGCUAGGCAAGUAGGCAGGGAGAACAACGAUGAUGAUGAUGAUGAGGGCGAAGACUUGUUCAACGAUGACAUGCUUGCCGACUAUGACGAAAAUGUCGGCCUCGACACAUACUCUCAAGCAGACAUCGAUGAUCGAUCGUCCGUCGCUGGCCCUACGCGUGGCGAACGACUCGCGGCUGAACGUCAAAUGGAGCUCCGAGACCGUGGCAUCUCUGGUCGGCGCGCAGGCCGUCGAGAUCACAUGCCGGCGUUCCUCCAGUCUGAUGACGAUGAGGCUGAGCCUUACGGCGAUGACCCGCUGGCUGGAAUCAACAUGAGGCGAAGAAGGAGGCAAUAUGAUGAGAGGAUGGAUAUGGAUGAUGUGCAAGAGGAAGAGGAAGAGCUGUCGUUGGAGCAUUUGGGAGAUGUCAAGGCGGCAAGUAUCUCCGAGUGGGUCUCGAGAGAUGCGGUCAGGAGGGCAAUCCAAAAGCAUUUCAGAAGCUUUUUGAUGACUUACCUCGACCCCAAUACCGGACAGUCUGUCUAUGGUCAAAGGAUCAAGCAUCUUGGUGAAGUCAACUCUGAAUCUCUCGAGGUUUCAUAUAUCCACCUUGCCAACGCUCGUCCCAUCUUGGCCUAUUUCCUCGCCAACUCUCCCCAACCUGUGCUUGAGCUUUUCGACCAAGUUGCCCUCGACGCCAUCCUCCUCUACUAUCCCUCCUACGACCGUAUCCACUCUGAAAUUCACGUUCGUAUCACUGAACUCCCUACGUCCUUGUCUCUUCGAGACUUGCGUCAAUCCAACUUGAAUUGUCUCGUACGAGUGUCCGGCGUCGUCACCCGGCGAAGUGGUGUCUUCCCCCAGCUCAAGUAUGUCAAGUUUGACUGUCAAAAAUGUGGCGCCACACUGGGCCCGUUCUUCCAAGACACAAAUAAGGAGCUCAAGAUAUCCUUUUGUUCGUCCUGUGAGAGUCGAGGGCCCUUCUCGGUCAACUCUGAACAGACUGUAUAUCGAAACUACCAAAAGAUGACUCUGCAGGAGUCUCCCGGCAGUGUCCCUGCAGGUCGUCUGCCUCGUCACCGAGAAGUGAUCCUUCUUUGGGACUUGAUCGACAUGGCCAAGCCUGGUGAAGAGGUCGAGAUUACCGGUAUUUAUCGUAACAACUUUGACGCAUCCCUCAACUCGAAGAACGGUUUCCCAGUCUUCUCUACUGUCCUCGAGGCCAAUCACAUCAACAAGAAGGAGGAUCUCUUUGCUGCUGUCCGAUUGACGGAAGAGGACGAAAGGUUGAUCCGAAGCAUGGCUCGAGACGACCGUAUCGCCAAGCGAAUUGUCAAGUCGAUUGCUCCUUCCAUCUACGGGCAUGACGACAUCAAGACGGCCAUCGCCCUAUCUCUUUUCGGGGGUGUCCCCAAGGAUAUCAACCGAAAGCAUCGAAUCCGAGGUGACAUCAAUGUCCUCUUGCUUGGUGAUCCCGGUACUGCCAAGUCUCAAUUCCUAAAGUAUGUCGAAAAGACUGCGAACCGUGCCGUGUUUACUACCGGUCAGGGUGCUUCGGCGGUUGGUCUUACCGCCUCUGUGCGUAAAGAUCCCAUCACUCGAGAAUGGACGCUCGAAGGUGGUGCAUUGGUGCUUGCCGAUAAGGGCCACUGUCUCAUCGACGAGUUUGACAAGAUGAAUGACGCCGACCGAACGUCCAUCCACGAAGCCAUGGAGCAGCAAUCCAUUUCCAUCUCCAAGGCUGGUAUCGUCACCUCCCUCCAAGCCCGAUGUGCCAUCAUCGCUGCCGCCAACCCUAUCCGAGGUCGUUACAACCCGACCAUUCCUUUCCAGCAGAAUGUCGAGUUGACAGAACCGAUCCUGUCGCGAUUCGAUGUGCUGUGCGUGGUCAAGGAUGCGGCGGACCCGGUGCAGGAUGAGAUGUUGGCGCAAUUCGUAGUGGGAAGUCAUUUGAGGAGUCAUCCAAAUUUCAACGCGGAGAGCGAUGAGGUGAAUGUUUCUACCUCGGUGGAUGCCGAUAUCAUUCCCCAAGAUCUCCUUCGAAAGUACAUCAUGUACUCCAAGGAACACAUUCGUCCUCAGCUCCACCAACUUGACCAAGACAAGCUCGCUCGUCUCUACGCCGACCUUCGACGUGAAUCUCUCGCUACGGGCUCUUUCCCCAUCACUGUCCGACAUUUGGAGUCGAUGAUCAGAAUGGCGGAGGCGAGUGCCAAGAUGCAUUUGAGAGAUUAUGUGCGAGGGGAUGAUAUCGAUCUGGCCAUUCAAGUGGCUGUUGGAAGCUUUGUCAAUGCGCAAAAGAUGUCUAUCAAAAAGACUCUUGAACGAGGCUUCCGUAAAUACGUCCACCAGGCCACCGACCACGAGGAACUCCUUUCCUUCCUCCUGGGCAGCAUCGUUAAAGAAAAGGUGCAGCUUUACCGCCACGCCCACGGCGAGAACCCCAACAAGGUGCAGGUCAAGGUCUCGCAGCUCGAGAGCCGGGCCAAGGAGCUGGAGAUCUACGAUGUGCAGCCGUUCUUGAGAAGCAGGCUGUUUGGGACGAAUGGGUACAAGGUGGUGGAGAGUGACGGGGUGAGAAGCGUGGAGAAGACUUUCACUGUGGGAAAUUAA